AUGUACUCACGACAAAAAGACCACCAGGCAGUAAUUGAUCUUAAACUAUGGAUUUUCAAGUUUAUUCGUAAUGAAAAGGAUGAAUUUGCUGUAUGCGUGGAGGGUUAUCGAAAAAAAGACGUCGGAGAACGCGAACUUGAAAAUUGGCGCAGUACAGCUAUCAAGGAGAGAUAUAACUCAUUGACAUUAUUAACUGUUAGCGGCUCCAAAUAUGUUUUACAUGGAGUACUUGAUCAGGAUUCAGCAUAUGGACUUGGAUAUCCAACGACACUAAUCGAAAGGUUCAAAGACGGUUUUCCAUAUGAAUGGCGAGAACUCCUGUGCGAUUAUUAUAUUAAUGUGGUGAGGCCUAAUAAACUUAAUGUAUCUCAAAGAUUACAUUCUGUGCUUCUCAGUGGUGUAUUCGUAGAUAUAUCUAAAUGUUCAAGAAUCGACGGACAUCGCAUACCAACGUUUAGAAAUGUUUUUGGUAAGUAUGAAGUGUCAUCAUCUUCGAACACUGAUGCAAAACGAGCGAAAUAUUUGCCAAGCAACGAUAAAAUUGUGGAGGAGGAUGAAGAAACAAGUAAAGACAAAUUCUCUACGUCCAAGUUUUCCGAUAACUGUACGAAUUCGAUCGGUAGAUUUUCAAAAAGUCUUGGUCAUGAUUCAAGUCAUGAUUCGAGUGAACAAAAGGUGACGCCAAAAUGUGAUAACCGUUCUAUAUCAGCUAAUGAUCGCAAGCUUGCCACUGAGAUGAUGAUGCCUAGCGAGAAAGAUAUGUUUAAACAUAAAUCACAAGAAGCUGUGUUGUUUAAAAUGCCGCUCUUACCGUUUCAGCGGCGUCGUUCAAAACCAAUAGAUUUAUAUAACUGGACGAUACGUUUUUCUGUAAAUGAUUUAGGACAUUCGAAUCUUUUUCCAAAUUUCGCUUUUGUUAUAGUUGGCUUUCGUCCGGACAAAAAUUUCGAUUGGAAAACAUCAUGUAUUGUUGCGGUAGAAGGUAAUCGUUUGUUGCGGACUGAAACAGGUGUAUAUGAACUCAUGGGGCCGAUCAAUACAAUAUUAGCAACGCAGCAAGGAUUUCCAAAAGAAUUUGUGACACUGUUCUUGAAUGGAUUUCCAAAAGAUUGGCAUCGUAUCCUAUCACUAUUUUUCAAUACAUAUAUUGAACCACAACUGCCGCCGCGACAGUCAUUGACUAUUUCUGAAAUCCAUGAAGAUGUUGAAGCGGAAAAUAUGCACUGCCGUGAUUUUGAGCAGAGUGUCGAAAGCUGUUCAUUUGAUGACAGUGAUUCUCUCAGCUCAUCUUCUAAUGACAGCAUCCAAAACUGUAGGGAGGAUCUGAAGUCUACAAAGUAUUCCACUUCGAGAAAAUCUGUUCGAUAUCGAACUGAAAAUUCUUAUCCGGUAAAGACUGGAAAGAAGAGAAAUAAUAAAUAUCAACAAAGCAAGUAUCUUGCUCCCAAAAAAAAGCAAGUGAAGCUUGAAGAAAAGAAUGCAGUGGAAGAUUCCGUGAACCUUUCUCUAUUGAAAACGACGAGAAGUGGUCGAGCUAUUAAACCACGUAUGGCGACGUGGACAGGACAACGAAUUAUGUAUAGUGUUCGUGGUUCUCCAAUAAAAGCUAUCGGCAUUACAACAGAUUCCAUUUAUUCUACAAGUGCUUCAGAUAGCUCUUUAUCGAGUCUCUAUAGGACGAAUUUACUAGAAGCCGUGCAAAAAGGUGAGGAAAAACCUAAUCAUCAUGAUAUCAACACCAAAAGAGUUCCUCUUGUUGCUUACAGUGACAGUAACAGUUUUUCCUCUGAUGAUGAUGAUGAUAAUGAUAAUGGAAGACUAUCUCCACCUACACCCAUAACGCCUUUCUGUGGAAAAAGGGGACAUCAUAAUUCACGCAUGAUUUUAUCUUCACCAGAAGAAGGCAUAAAAAGAAAGAGGGCAAAAAGGCAUAAAUUGCGCAAACGCCAAAUCAAAACCUAUAAGGAGAUUCCUCCAAGGCAGAAGAGCAUGUCUAAGAAAGGAACUUUUUCAAAAGCUAAAAACGCAGAAAGAAAUGACGAUAACAAACAAAACAGCGUUAAAGAAACGGUACCGAUUGUAUCGUUCAGUGAUGUGGAAUCGGAGAAUGGUAUUGUAGAAAAAGCAAAAACAGGCAGAAUUACUAAUGACGCUGUUACUAAAAAGACGAAAAACGCUCAAACGAAAAAGUGGACAGGCAAUGAUAAUACUAGACUGAAAUUAGUAGUCCGUGCUAUGUGUCCACAAAAUGAAAAAGAUUGGGAGAACAUUGCUGCAUCAAUACGAACGCGUACGGCUGAAGAAUGUCGUAAGCAAGCACUAGAGGUUCUAAAACUGAAUAUUACUCCAAAAGAAAGUAAAACGGCUGAUGUGUCCGCUGAUGUGAUAGAUGCACUUAGAAAAACCAAAGUUGGCACGCUUGCAUAUCAAAUCCAAGCAGAUCGAUUCACUCGGCAGUAUCUGAAAGCGGGAGAUGCUUCAGAUUUUUUCGAAGAAACGAUGGAUGUGGGGCCAAGUGGAAGAAAAGUGGCAACGAUGCCGUCAGUGACGACUUUUGACUCCGACGAUUCAUUACUGUCUGUCUUGCGUACCCCAACACCGAGAUCUGUUCGAAGGAAUGUUAGCCGGAAAAAGUUAAUUCGCAUUCCUGAAUCACCAGGCUGUUCAACACCGAGAAAUUUGUCAAGGGAUUCUUAUGUUCCAUUUAGAUUUGAUCCAGAUGAUGAAGCCUACAGAGAACGGCAAUUACGCUAUGUUCACAAAAUGUUAAAAGUGAGGAACCAACACAGUAGAAGUCGUGGAAAUAUAACAAAAUUAUCUAUUUCCAAAGAUUAUCAUUUCCAUAUACCAAUGGCCUCUGGUCACCAGGAUGAAAGUGACAAAGAAUCAGAAGAUGAAUAUUUUGAAGAGGAAGCGGACUGA